AUGAAGAAGAGUGCUGAUGCUGAGUAUGAUUUCUUGGAUUUCUGGGAAGCAAAUCAAAAGUUCUUUGGUAUGAAGCAAGGAACAACAGAAAACUUGAUGCAUUUCAAGGAACGAUUCUUGAGACAGGCUGAAAUCCUGCAAGAUCUAUAUGGCGUGGCCUGGUUCCAAGAUUUUGCAGUCAAGACAAAGGCCUAUGCUGCUAUUGCUAGCAACGAUACUGCUGCUCAAAACAAGUUCAAGGAUGAUAUCUUUGCAGCCAUUCUUGCAACAGGAUUUCUGUGA